CACUAGAGCUGAUCAUCCGCAGAGGAGCGAUUCUUUGAGCUCGGGGCUCACAAGGGAGCCGAAAUGAGCGAUGUUACUGUUGUUAAGGAAGGCUGGCUGCAUAAGAGAGGAGAGUAUCUCAGAAACUGGAGACUGAGAUACUUCCUCCUGAAAACUGACGGCUCUUUCACAGGCUACAAGGAAAAGCCCCGAGCUGCUGACCUGCCAUACCCCUUGAACAACUUCUCAGUGGCAAAAUGCCGGUUAAUGAAAACAGAACGACCAAAGCCAAACACGUUCAUCGUGCGGUGGACUGCUGUCCUAGAAAGGACUUUUCAUGCCUGCACUGCGGAGGAAAGGGAGGAGUGGACAGAGGCUAUCCAGACGGUAGCAGACAGUCUCCAGAGACAGGAAGACGAGAGGAUGAAAUGCAGUCCCUCCUCCCAGACAGACCGCAUCGGAGAGGAGGGGAGGGACACUUCCACUGGCCUGCACAAACAGAAGACAUUGAAUGAUUUUGACUGCUUAAAAUUACUGGGAAAAGGCACUUUCGGUAAAGUCUUUCUCGUCAGGGAGAAGGCAAGCAGUAAACAUUACGCAAUGAAGAUUCUGAAGAAAGAAGUCAUUAUUGCAAAGGGUGAAGUGGCUCAUACAAUUACAGAGAACAGAGUGCUAAAAAAUACUAGGCACCCAUUUUUGACUUUUUUGACGUAUUCUUUCCAAACUAAGGAUCGGUUGUGCUUCGUGAUGGAGUAUGUCAGCGGAGGCGAGCUGUUCUUCCAUUUGUCGAGAGAGAGGGUGUUCUCUGAGGACCGGACCCGCUUUUAUGGGGCUGAGAUAGUCUCCGCUCUCGACUAUCUACACUCCAGCAAGAUUGUGUACCGGGAUCUCAAGCCGGAAAAUGUAAUGCUGGAUAAAGACGGCCACAUCAAAAUCACAGACUUCGGACUUUGCAAAGAAGGAAUCGCUGCUGCUGCUACCAUGAAUACGUUCUGCGGCACAGCUGAAUAUCUGGCUCCAGAGCCAGCAAGACAACGAAGCACUCUCGGUCUCCUGAUCCAGGCAGGGGCUUCGGUGAGGAAGAGGAGAUCAUCCCGUGGCUCUCCCCUAAACAGCAACGCCACACUGAGAGCUACAGUGCCUAUAGAAGGUCUACACCCCCUUUCAAAAUGUUCACCUUUUGUUGCCUUAUAGCGUGGAAU